AUGCUUUCCAUCUUCCUUUCAUUUUUUUUUCUUUUUCAAUUUCUCAUUCAUUUAUUCUGUUUCUUUCUUUCUUUCUUUCUUUCUUUCUUUAUUCUUUCUUUCUUUCUUUCUUCUGAACUGUCGUUGAAUGUUCUUUCUUUCUUUCUUGUUUGCUUUCUUUCUUUCUUUCUCUUUCUUUCUUUCUUUCUUUCUUUCUUUUUUUCUUUCUUUCUUUCUUUCUUUCUUUUUUGCUUUCUUUUUUUCUUUCUUGUUUGCUCUCUUUCUUUCUUGUUUGCUUUCUUUCUUUUUUGCUUUUUCUUUCUUUCUUUCUUUCUUUCUUUCUUUCUUGUUUGCUUUCUUUCUUUCUUGCUUUUUUCUUUCUUUCUUUCUUUCUUGUUUGCUUUCUUUCUUUCUUGCUUUUUUCUUUCUUUCUUUCUUUUUCUUUCUUGCUUUUUUCUUUCUUUCUUUCUUUCUUUUGUUUCUUUUUCUUUUCUUUCUUUCUUGCUUUUCUUUCUUUCUUUCUUUCUUUCUUUCUUUCUUUUUCUUUCUUUCUUUCUUUCUUUCUUUUUCUUUCUUGCUUUUUCUUUCUUUCUUUCUUACUUUCUUGUUUUUUUCUUUCUUUCUUUUCUUUUCUUUCUUUCUUUCUUUCUUUCUUUUCUUUUUUCUUUCUUUCUUUCUUUCUUUCUUUGCUGUCGUAGUUAUUUCUCUACACGUGAUGCUUUCUUCGUUUUAUUCGUUCUCUUCUUUUUCACUCCCAUUCUGUGUUUUUGUCUGUCUGUUUCACCGUUUAUGGUUGUUGUCUGCUUUGCCUCUUUGACGGAUUGUCUCUCUGUCUGUCUGUCUGUCUUAUUAUCUCCUCUUUCUCUUUUGUUUGUUAAUCCAUAUAUCUUUGUGUGCGUGCCUGUAUUAAUAUUUUUCGAACUUCUAUCUAUCUAUCUAUCUAUCUAUCUAUCUAUCUAUCUAUCUAUCUAUCUAUCUAUCUCAAUUUGUUCAUAUCUAUCUUAUUUCAGUCUAUUCUUAUCUAUCUCAAUUUGUUCAUAUCUAUCUAUCUAUCUAUCUAUCUAUCUAUCUAUCUAUCUAUCUAUCUCAAUUUGUUCCUAUCUAUCUCAGUCUAUUCAUAUCUAUCUAUCUAUCUAUCUAUCUAUCUAUCUAUCUAUCUCAGUCUAUUCAUAUCUAUCUAUCUAUCUAUCUAUCUUAACUAAUUAUCGAGCGAUAAUUGGUCUUUUAACCAAUUCUUUGCAUUCUCUCUCCCUCACCCACACACACUCUCUCUCACCCUCCCUCCAUCCAUCCCUCACUUACUCUAACUCUCACUUGCUCCCUGACGAUCACUCUCACCCCCACAAAAUUCGUCUGGCAAUCUCUCAUCCCUCGGGCUCUUUCUCACUCUUGCUUUCUUUCUCACUCCCUCUCUCCGUCACGUCUCUUCUCUCAUUCUCUUUCCAACACCCUCUCUUGAUUUUUCUUUUUUUCUCUAUAUUUUUCCACUAUAUUUCUCUUUUUCCUCAUCGCCCUUCUUUUUCCUCUCUUUUUCUUUUUUCUUCCUUUUUCUUUUUGCCUCCCCUCCUCUUUUUCUCUUUACUCCAUUCUUUUAUCCCUUCUUUUCCCUCUAUUUUCCUUUCCCCAAUUUUUCUUCUUUUUUCCUCACUUUUUCCUGUUUUCUCCCCUUUUUUUUCCCAUUUUUACCUCUUUUUGGUCCAUUUAGCUUAG